AAACAAAAAAAACAAAAAAAUUAAAUAUAAAAAAUGUUCACAACUAAAUUCUUAGCUAAAGCCUCAUAUCUAAUUAGGAAUUCUUAUUCUUUAUUCGCAUUAUAAAACAGCAAUUAAAUGUUGUUUAAAUAUUCUACACGAAAUAAUAUUAUUUUUAAAUCAUUAAACAAAAAGCUUGUUUAUAAAUUUACAGCGUAUCCAAAGCACACUAUUAUUAGAUUACCUGCUCUUUCUCCUACCAUGACUGAAGGAAGAAUAGCUGCUUGGCACAUAAAAAUAGGUGAUAAAAUAACCGAAGGAGAUAAUAUAUUUGAUGUGUAAACUGAUAAAGAUUCAGUUCCUAAUGUUUAUAACGAUGAUAAUGGAUUUAUUGCAAAAAUAUUAGUUAAGGAAGGUGAUGUCAUACCUACUAAUACACCUGUUGUACUUGUUGUUAAAAAACAAUCAGAUAUCCCAGCUUUUGAAAACUAUUCACCUGAAUAAGCUUAAGAAAAACCAGCUGAAGCUGCAAAAAAAGCUCCUCCUUAAUAAUAAUAAUAACCACCUUAAUAAUAAUAAAAUCAAUCAUCCGGAAAAUCUUAUCCUAAAUAUAAUGUUGUUCUUUUACCUGCACUCUCUCCUACAAUGACCGAAGGAAGAAUCGCCUCAUUCAAAGUAAAAGAAGGAGAUAAAAUUAGUGAAGGAGAUAACAUUUUUGAUGUAUAAACAGACAAAGAUUCAGUACCUAACAUGUAUUAAGACAGUACUGGUUAUGUAGCUAAGAUUUUAGUUAAAGAAGGCGAUAUGAUUCCUACAAAUCACCCUGUUCUCAUAAUAAUAAAAAAAAAAGAAGAUGUUGCCAAUUUUAAAGACUUUUUAAUUUCAGACAUUAAAUCUUCCCAAGAUGCUCCUGCUGCUCCCUAAAGUUAAGAAUCUGCUCCUUAAUAAUAAGUAUAAUAAUAACCAUAAUAAUAAUCACAAUAAAAAUAAUAAUAACCAUCCACAGCAGGAGGACGUGUGAUUGCCAGUCCUUAUGCUAAAUUUUUAGCUUCUGAGAAAGGUAUAGACCUCUCUAGUGUACCCGGUAGUGGUCCAAACGGCAGAGUAAUUGCCAAAGACGUAACUUUAGCUUCCGAAAAAUCCCAAUAACAACAACAAUAACCUGCCAAAGCCGAAUAAGUAGAGCAAAAAGUAGAACAGAAAGUAGAACAGAAAAUAGAAUAAAAAAAGCCCUAAGCAGUCAAAGAACCCUAAAUGGAAUAAACCCCUGGUGGAAAUAUAUUCGAAAGACUCCCUAUUACUCCUAUGAGAAGAGUAAUUGCUGAACGUCUAGUCUAAUCAAAAAAUACAGUUCCUCAUUUCUAUUUAACAUUAGAAGUAUAAAUGGAUGAUAUACUUUAAAUUAGAAAAUAACUAAACCUACAACCCGAAACCAAAAUAUCUGUAAAUGAUAUAGUUGUAAAAGCCUGUGCAUUAGCCCUAAGAGAUAUGCCUAGUGUAAAUUCUUCAUGGUAAGGAGAUCAUAUUAGAUAAUACAAAAAUGCUGACAUAGCAGUUGCUGUUUCAACAGAUACUGGAUUAAUUACUCCUAUUGUUUUUAAUGCCGCAGCUUUAGGUUUGAAAGAAAUUUCAGCAAAAACUAAAGAAUUAGCUAAAAAAGCUAGAUCUGGUAAACUUACACCUAAUGAAUAUUAAGGAGGAACAUUCACUAUUUCUAAUUUAGGAAUGUUUGGUAUUUAAACAUUCUAAGCUAUUGUAAAUCCACCACAUGGUACUAUUUUAGCUGUAGGAGCUUCUUUUGAAAAAGUUAUUCCUGAUAAAGAUCCUACUGCUAAAUACCCAUUUAAAACUAUCUAAUCAAUGAGUUUAACUUUAAGUUGUGAUCAUAGAGUUGUUGAUGGUGCUUUAGGAGCAUAAUGGUUAUAAAAAUUAAAAGGAUAUUUAGAAAAUCCAUUAACUAUGCUUCUUUGAUUAUAAAGAUGAUAAAUACUAAAUUUAUUA